CCGAGGGCAAGGCGCGGGCCAAGGCCCACCAACAUUCCCCGGAGGCAUCGAGGGCCUAUCGUCCUUGCCCAAGUCGUCCACACCCAAACUCUCCCAGAGCAGACCUGAGCAGACACUGACCACGGGGGCAAGUCUAGCACAUACGACGGCCGGCCGUUGGCUUCCCGACGACCCAAUCUGGCUCUAUCUCGGCGCCUCCGCUGCUCCCACUAUUUUGGUCGUCGACCUACCUGGGCCACCAACCAGUAAAACCAAUCUUGAAACAGUCCCCAGGCCCAAUACCGCCCAUCGACAACCCGCACGCGCGCGGCCCAAACUCGGCGGCGCGGCAUCACCAACGGGCCCACCCCCCGUCUCUCACGAACGUUACGACCAUCUCCGCCCCCCUUGCCCUUCACCUCCGGCUCCGCGUGCCCCCUACCCCAUAGACUGCGGAAUCACACGGCCAACCAAGGCAUCUCCCGGCGGACCGCCGUCCGUGCCAUCGCCUCCCACUCACACUCUCUCUGUCCCUCUCUCCACGUCUCGUGCGUCUUGCGCCACGCCUGCCAGCAGCCGAGACCGCAGACAAACCCACGACUCCUGCUCGGGGUAAAAGGUACUUGUAUAUCCCGUGCCACCCACCCCCGUUAGUUAGCCCGCAGCCUUGUCUCGCUCCAUUCCUCAUCCCAUCUCGUACCCUCUCGACAAGAGCAGAGUCUCGCCGGGCACCUGUUCUUUUGGCUACCCCAACGCCAUCCCCCCGUCCCCCCCCCCCCCCAACCCUCGUGCAAGACCAUUCCUGGCCGUUCUCAGCCAUCCUCAUAUCACUCAAACAUUCCGACACACACUACUGCUGUGGCAUCCGUCUGUCCUCAAAACCACCCAUCUACCCUCUCUCCAUCCUCCGACGGCAUACCAUUGUGCUAAGCCACCAUCUCGCCCUCAACGCACACAAUACUGCGCAUCCCCUAGCCGCCGCCCCCCCGCCCUCCUAUCCAACCCCCAAUUCUCGACCCUUUCGACUCGGCUUACAAGUCGUUCCAUACCGCCUCGUUGACAAGUCUCAAUUCCUCCUCAACCGCAUACACAUCAUCACCAUCUCUUCAAGACUCCAUUCCACUGGUGCGUACACUGGCGGCAAAGUGGGCCGAACCAUUCCCGACAGCACGACGUAUCCGACAAAAGUGGGUCGCCCUGCGACAGAGUGGUCACAUAACCACUCCAACCAUAGCCGUGGGGGGGAGGGAGGGAUCAUUGUGGAGAAAGAAGGCCCCGUUCUCAACGAGGCCGUCGCUGGCCACCCCACAGGCCUUCCCAUCAGCUUUGGAGACCAGCGGCUUUCCGUCUACCUGAGCGCGCUGCUGCACCAACAGUCGGCUCUGCCAGUCGACGUUCUCGUGCCGACGACAAUGGCAAGCGCUCAGGCAGACACUGCACUAGGGGUCCCUGCCGUUCCUGCCAGUUCGGGGGCGGCAAGUUUCCCAACCUGUACACCAGAAACGCUCUACCUUCACGUCGUGGGGAGGUGGCCAGCGCCCGACCUGGGCGCACCCGUGGACCACGGUAAUGUGCAUGGCGUUGGGCGUGGCGUCACACCACUCGACGUGGGCUCAUCUGAUCCACUCGAACUGGACACGCGCAACGACAGUUCUCACGCCGCUGUCGCACGAGCCAAGAAGAGGCGCAAGGUUCAGCGGAGAUCCAAAGUGUCCGAAAUCUGGUUCCCUAGGGCCGAACUGGCGUUUUGCACGUGUGUGGCAAGUAUUCCCCCAAACGGACGUACCAAGAUCAAGUUCUUUGGCCGACCUCUAGGGCGCAAUGAGCUGAUCGCUGCCAUCUGCACUCUGGCCACCCAGCGCAUGUACAACCGCAAGCAGAUCUCUAGUCAUUCCCAGGUGCUCAAGGACAAGGUCCCACCUCCUUACAAGGAGAUCUUCACCUUCGAGGACAAGGCCCGAGGUGGAGACGAUCCUGCAGAAAACUCGACCGCCAAUGUCAUUGAAAACUAUCCAUUCCCCGAAACCAUCUACAACAUCAUCAACUACCCUGUUGGCACAGACCUCGCCAACGCGCCAAAGCCUCAGUGGCUAGUUGAUCUCGAGGCUCGCGGCAACGAGGCAUCCCCUACAAAUGAGACGUCGUCCCGCCCUUUCAACUAUUGGGCAAACGCGCAGUCCGAGUACCCCGGCUACUAUGAGCGCGACUCUGGCCUCUACGGCAACAAGGUCAAGCUAGAGCGCGACGCACGCGGUGGUUCCCACGCUGUGGAUGCUGGUGUAGACUCUGCCUACGCCUACUCAUAUUCGCAGUCACAUCCCAGCAUGCGCCAGCAGGGCCAGCUCCCACCACCGUUUUCUGUUCAUCAGCCACCACCGCACACGCUCCCACCCCUCGGGUCGUCUCGCGACGUUGACCCUCACGGGGUAUCUCUUGCGGCCAGCACUGCCUCGGGGAUGAGCGACUCUGCCCAUGGUGCCGGCCGCUACACCUACGGCUCCACCCCGCAGUCUGCAUUGUCUACCCGUCCUCUGCCUGGGAGUGUGUGGGAGGGCGAGCACAGCAGAUCUCCGACGUCCACCAACUCUGCCUUUGACGCGUCGGGAUCGACCGCCGUGUCUCCCCGCCACUCGACUUCGGCUUCCGUGCCGUCCAGCUGGCAGGACGUCAAGCCCUCUCUUCUUCGCGACGGCCUGGGUGGCGAGCAUUUGACCUUACCGCCACUGCAGGAGUCGUAUACAGGCAACAACGCAGGCGCUAGUAGCGGCGAGUGGAAGGACCGCCCAGUUUACGGCGAUACGAAAUGGGUGACAUCGGCGGCGACACUGGCGACCCAGAGCGGCGCCCAGCGCGACGGUCUUCCGUCGCUCCCGCUUCCGUCGAUCGGCGCCAUGGCCAGCCAGACUGCCAGUGCUUACGGCACUUUGGCUUCGUCUGCGACUUCGCCGUGGUCGGCAGCGUCCGGCGCGUUUGGCGUGUCUCCUUCAUGGGAUGUCUCUCGCACACGCGGGGCGUCGUUUGCGAUUUCGUCGAUAGAGCUCACUGCCCAGACGGGCGAAACUGUGCUGUCGCUUACUCCGGCGAGCGCGAUUGUCUCAUCUACACCCCUUCCGUGGAACACGGUGUACAUGUGGAAAGCCCGGUAUCCGUUCCUGGAGCUCAUCUCCAGUGCGCCCAGCGUGCCGGUCUACCACAUUGAUAUGCCCCUUGCUCUUCCAAAGGACUACACUGCACGCCUCGCUCUCCUGGAGCGCAUUACCGAGCUAGGACUGCGCACCACGCUUCGCCAAACGACGGACACGAGCACGUGGAGCAACGACUGGGUUCUGACGACCGAGUCGGGCUACGCUCAAACUCGCGGCUCGACUAAGUACUCGCGAACCGUUUCGCCACUUCGCCAGCGUCCUAGUGGCGAGUAUGGAGCCCAAUCUCGCUUGCCGGAUCUCGCCCGUCUGUACGAGCAUUUACUGCGUCUGGGCGGUCCGCCCGACGAGCGAGGCCAGGACGGGCUGAACUCUGUUGGUGCCCCCAUGACCAUGCUCGUCCAGCGCGUCGCUCGCGAGGGAUUCCACACACAGCCGACAACUACCGCCAACGAUGACUGGGCGUCGGCCGCGGCGAUCAUUAUCUACUCGGUCUUUAUCACGCCCGACGAUUCAACGACUGGCUCUGUACCCAUUUGCCGUCCUGUCGAGUUUGAAUCCCCGCCUCGUCCCGAAGACGUACAGGCGGAUCAACUCGUUCACGACCUCAUUCUCGCCGAGGAGCACACCCCCAGCAAGUUUGUCUGGCUCCCUGGUUAGCCCGACUACCUCGGACGUGAAGUCUCGGUGGUCCACUCCCCCUCUUCCGUGUCUCGACUCUUCACCCCCCCUCGUCCCUUUUGUGACCGUGAUGGCCUGCAUCAAACUGUUCACCGCACUGGAAUUGCGUUUCGGCUCAAAAGCAAAAACUCGUCAUUCAUACGCGAGCGAUCUGGGACAUACCCGAUUCCAGUAGCAUACCAGCAUCCAUAUCCCCCCGAUCACAGCGCCGCCAUAAAGGUGGCGAGCUCGACUUCCACAACACCAACAAAGAAUCAGGGUUUUAGUGUCAUGUCUCUCUCUCUGUCAUUCUCUGUCUCUCGCUCCCUCCCUCUCUCUCUCUCUCUCUCUCCCGCCAUCGCGAAUCUGUAGCCCGUUCGUUGGUCGACGCAGAAGAACUUGUAAAGUAGUCGUUAGCUGUGAAUAGCGUUUCCUUAGCUGUCACGACACAACUGUUUCCAUAGGAUUGUGUGCCGUGUCGCGCGCGCGAGUCUGAUGCAAAGUGGGUUUUCUGGCA